AUGGACAACUCUCGGAAUUUCUCAGGGAAUACUCUUGGAAGCAAUGCGACCAUCAACCAAGGCAAUAUCACCCAAAUUACGGUUCAUACCAGUAUGGUCUCCAUAUCACCUACAAUCAGGCAUUGGCUCACCGAUGGCACAGAUACAUCAAACGCGGACAAGUCGUUUCUCCCCGAGAUCAGCAAAACGGAUCCUUUCUACGACAAACAACGUAUUCUAACGCUGAAGGGCCCACUUUUAUGGGAUUCGUUUAGUUGGAUUUUAAGACAUGAACAGUUCGACGAAUGGCGCCAUGCAAAAGAGAGUGGUGUUUUGUGGAUUAAAGGGGAUCCUGGAAAAGGCAAGACAAUGCUGCUUUGUGGCAUCAUUGAAGACUUGGAACAGAACCCCCAAAGCGAAAAUCUAAGCUACUUCUUCUGUCAAGCCGCGGACUACAGAAUCAACACUGGCACUGCUGUUGUCGGCGGAUUGAUCAAAUCGCUGCUCAAGAGACACCCGAGACUUCUCUCACGCGUUCGAGAAAGCUAUGAGGAUAAACUCAAGGAUCAGCUAGAUGGAGCCAACGCAUUAGUUAUUCUAUGCGAUAUCUUUGAGACCAUCACCAAUGAUCCGGGGCUAACUGAUGUCAUCUGCAUUGUCGAUGCCCUCGACGAAUGUAUACAAGACUGCAGACUUCUUCUAAACCUUAUUAUCAAAACAAGCGGUCAUGUCAAGUGGCUGCUGUCGAGUCGGAAUGAGAAAGACAUGGAAAAGAUGCUCGACCAGGUUCCUCAAAAGCUCAUCUUGGAAUUGAAACAGAAUGCCGAACGAAUAUCUACGUCUAUUGAUGCAUAUAUCAGGCACCACAUUCACGAAAUUGAAGCCUUGAAGGGUGAUGAACAGCUUCAAGCAAGAGCACUUGACAUACUUGAAAGCAAAUCCCAGGGCACCUUUUUAUGGGUAGCACUUGUGGUUGAACAGCUGCAUAAAACAGACCACUGGGAUGUGGAAAAUGUGUUGGAAGAGGUACCGAAAGAUCUAGAGAGCCUUUAUGGUUUAAUAUUAGAUCAAACAGAGAAACUGGGGAAGAAUGGUCAAGAAGUCUGCCAAGUCUUGCUUUCAAUUGUCGCCACAGCUAAGAGGCCUCUGCACCUUGGAGAGCUACUUAUUUUCAUCAAUUCUCAUUGGAAAGAUAGUAGGCACUUCAAAACCACAUACGAACUACGAGAUGUACGAGACAUGGCGAAAACUUGCGGAUCUAUUCUAUCUAUACGAGAUAAUACUGUCUACUUUAUUCACCAGUCAGCGAAGGAUUAUGUUGUGGGCAAUGCGGCUCAUCGCAUUUUCCCUAUCCUACAUCAACAUCACAAAAUGUUUGAAGCUUCGUUGGAUGCCAUGUCUAAUGUUCUCAAGUAUGACAUAUAUGGCUUGGAAGACCCCGCAAAACAUAUAGACGAUAUUCCCUUGAAAGACGUCGACUCUGAUCCCUUGGCUGCUGGCACUAUAAAUCCUCGGGAUGCUCUUCAGAAACUCAAGGACCUCAUCGAGAGCUAUCAUGGCAGCGGAAGCAUUGAGAGCGAGAUUUCACAAACCCUACAGUUACAGAGAGAGCGUGAGAUACAAAGCCUCAGACAAUUCACUGAUGAUGCUUAUCGAUUUGUGGAAAAUUCCAAGGAGUCCGUGGCUUAUUGGCCGUUACAGCUCUACUUUUCAGCCAUGGCUUUUGAACAAGGCAGCUGUGGCAUCCGAACGACUUUUCAGCGGACUGUACAUGAGAAAUUUGGGCCUUCGCCUAUUCUUGCAAACGUGCAACAGGGCCAGUCCAAUUUACGAGUGCGGAGCGCUUUCAACGUUCCCGAGGAUCCGUUUGCUUAUAUUGAGACAAUACAUGUUUCCCAGUCGAUGAUUUCUUCUCCUGACUCGUGGCUUGUCGUCCGAAUGAAUGCCAAUGGAUCCAUCCUGGAACUAAGAUUCUGGAGAGUAGACUCAGGAACAUUGGAACACACUUUUAAGAUAAGCUGGGGCAGUAAGAUUGCCUUCAUUCCCAACUCCAAUGAAUUCAUAUCCGCUUCUCAAGAUGGCAUCAUAAAGAUGUGGAACCUGGACAAAAGAUGUUGUGUUGGAGAGCAAUAUCUGCAUUUCAAAUGUCCGAGACCUGGCCCGCAAUUUGGUUCAAUACAGGUGACUUCAAUUACGACAUUGGAUCCUCUCAGAGAGAGAGUUAUCGCUUUAUCCCCAAAGGGAGAAUUGGUAGCGUCGUGGCAUCGAAAAUCAUCUGAUGGACCAGGUUUAAUAAAGAUUUGGGAUGCUAAGACGACUUGUUGCGGUAGUUCAUUUGAGUCUGGCGAAGCACCAUCUAUGCAUGCGGCCUUUUCGCCAAACAUUCAGCUACUGGCUGUAUCGUACGACGACGGCGUUAGAGUGCACAGUGUAAAGACAGGUGCAAUAGUUCAAUAUCUUCGAUAUCUCGACAACCGCACAAGGGAGGAAGAGACUCGAGGUACUUGGAACGGCUUCAAUCCAGGAGCCUCAAGACUCGAACAUGUGUGGUUUUCGCCGAAUUCCGAAGUUCUAGUCGCCAUGGUGUCAAAACGGGAACUCCAUCUCUGGGACACCCAUACAUGGAAACUACUGCAUUACAUUGAAGAGAAUGCGUUGCCAAAGUUCCUGUCAUUGCUCGGUCUAUAG